UCGCGACCGAGUUGGAGAUCCGGCAGCAGGCAGUGGCCGUCUCGCCUUGCCUCUACAGCCAUGUCCGGAUACGAUACGAAUCCCUUCGCGGACCCAGUGGACGUGAACCCUUUCCAGGACCCUUCUGUGACACAGAUUACAGCUGGCAACCAUGGCAAUCUUGAAGAGUUUAACCCAUUCUCUGAAGGUUCUCAUCUGACAAAUCCCAAUCAGAAAACAAUUCCAGCGCAGCCUGCUCAAUCCCAGCCUGCUGUUCUCCAGCCCUCAGUUGAGCCUACACCACAGGCUGCAGCAAUGGCUGCACAAACAGGACUUCUACAACAACAGGAGGAGCUGGAGCGGAAAGCAGCAGAUUUAGACAGGAAGGAGCAAGAGAUGAGGAAUGUGAAUAUUAACUUAAGACAAAACAAUUGGCCUCCACUUCCUCCAAAAUGUCCUAUUAAGCCAUGCUUCUAUCAGGACAUUUCUGUCGAUAUUCCUGCAGAUUAUCAACGUACCUGCAAAAUGCUUUACUAUUUAUGGAUGUUACACACAUUCACCCUUUUCCUUAAUCUACUGGCCUGCCUUUCUUACUUUACUGCCGUGAGCACUGGAGGGGUGGAUUUUGGCUUGUCCAUACUGUGGUUUGUUAUGUUCACACCUUGUGCCUUUCUUUGCUGGUAUCGACCCAUCUACAAAGCAUUCAGGACAGACAGCUCCUUCAGCUUCUUUGUCUUUUUCAUCAUCUUCUUCUGCCAGAUUGUCAUUUACAUUAUCCAAGCAGUUGGAAUACCAGGUUGGGGAGACAGUGGUUGGAUAAUGGCUCUUUCAAUGAUUAAAACAAAUAUUGCUGUCACAGUUAUAAUGAUAGUAGUGGCAUCCUUCUUUACAGUCUGCAGUGUAUUCUCACUGUUCCUGCUUAAAAGGGUUCAUUCCAUGUACCGUAGAACAGGUGCUAGCUUUCAGAGAGCACAAGAGGAAUUCUCACAAGGCAUUCUCUCCAACCGCAAUGUUCAAAAUGCUGCUGCAGGAGCUGCCACUGCUGCUGCUAGAGGAGCCUUUCAAGGAAAUUAAUCCCAUUGUAUUUCCUUCUGUCUUUCCCUCCUGUAUUGACACAACACAGUUUCAUAAGAGGGAUAUAUGAUUUCUGCUUAGAUCAAGCCAUUAUCUUUUUAUCAUGUUACCAAUGGCAGAAUACAGCACUCCCAAUCUUACCCAUUUCCCAGUGGAAAAAGAGACUAUAAAAUUAUAUAUAUGUACAUAUAUAUAUUGAAAAUGGUAAAAUAAUUUUCUUGCUGUGUUUUCUGAUGCUUAAUUAACUCUCUUUAUCUUGUUACUUGCAUUCCAUGGAGAAUGUGUUUCAAAAUGCAGAUUAGUGAAAGAUUUGAGGGUUUCCUGUUUUAAAACGCCUUACCCAAAGUCAUUAUCUGGAAGAGUUAUGGCUUGUGCAGGAUCUGGAACAAAUGGUUGUGAAAAAAAAUCCAACAUUUUGGAUCUGUGCUAAAACUUCUGAAGCUGAGCAUCUUGGUUUGCCAUGUUUGUGAAUGGAAUUAUUUAAUAUUGCUGCAAUAACUGUAAGCUGGAUAUAUACCAGCAAACAUUUUAAAUUCCAGUGUUUAUCUAUGGAGGCAGCCCAAUGGCAGACAUUAUUUUAUAGAAUUCUGAUAUUUUUUUUUUAAGCUGAGCUAGGAGUUUUCAGAAAAGUUUUCUUUAAAAAAAAAUGCAGCCACUGUGUAGACUUUUCAUUUCUAACCACGUUUAUAUCUUAAUUUCCUGGCAUUAAAAAUAGUUGAACGUUUUGCUUGGAAAUCCACUUUCUGAGUUCUUUGAUAGUAAGCUAAUGGUUAAGUGAGUUUUGUGCCUUAUUACUUAAAUAGUAAUAAAUAGAGAGGUAAUUCUGUUUCUUUUGGUUGGAAUUAACAAUGCCUUGAUGUUUUAUAAGUGCACCAGCUUUGUACAAAGAACUCCCAAACCAUGUGGGGUCUACUGGAUAGAAAUCUAAAUAAAUCAUUUUCUACAGUA